AACCCCCAAAAUCACGCCGUCCUCCACGCCCAAGUUCCGACCAAGUCUCCUGCAUUUCAAUCCCAAAUUCCCUGCUUCGCCCCUCUAUCGACGAAAAUGGAGGACUCUCCGAUCAACCGUCUCCCCGAAGAUUCACUUCACCAGAUCUUCUCUUCCCUCUCGCUUCGUCAAAUCAUGACUUGCCGCUCCGUUUGCAAGCUCUUUAACCAAAUCUUGACUUCGCCAUCUUUCAUGCACCUCAUCUCCACCCGAUCCCAUCUCAACCUCCUCGCUCUCCGCCCUCCUCAUCACCAUCAUAAUCACAGUCGCUGCGAGUCCCUUUGUACUUCCCUCCACGUUUACGACCCCGAUCAAAACCAAUGGCUUCGAGUCAACCUCGAUUUUCUUCCUUUCCGGUCUCCUCACCCGGUCGCGUCUUCACUCGGUCUGGUUUACCUGUGGGCCGACUCGGCUGACUCGCCCGACUCGAAUAAGUCACUCAUCGUUUGCAACCCCUUGACUCGCCAAUACAGGGUCCUUCCUCAGCUCGGCUCGGCCUGGUCACGCCACGGCUCGGUCCUAGUUGACUCAAGGAACCGAGUCAUGGUCUUAACAGAACUCGCCGCUCUUUACUUCUCCUUUUCUCAAAAAACCCAACAAUGGCUCAAAUUCUCUUCAAAUUUACCUUCCAAACCCCGAAGCCCUAUUGUUGUCUCCAACUCCGUUUUCGCCUUAUGUGACGUCGGAUCGCCGUGGAGGAGUAAGUGGAAAUUAUUCUCUUGCGCUGUCAAUAACAUGUUAAACUUAAAUUUAAAUGUGAUGAACAACAAUUGGGAAUGUUUGGAGAGGCACGAAUGGGGGGACAUUUUCGAUAUCAUGAAACGACCGCGUUUAAUAUGCGGCAACGGGAACAAAAUCUUGAUGAUUGGAGGAUUAAAAUCGAGUUAUUCGUUGAAUCAAUCUUGUUUGACGAGCAAGAUGGAGAUCUUGGCGGUUGACUUCGAUCCGACGACUGUGGUGGCCGAACCGUUGCCUCCGGUUGUUACGGCUGCCGACGGCAGGCCCAGCGAAUCGGAUGAGGAAGAAGAAGGCGUGGAGAAGCCGGUGAAGAAGAGCAGGGAGAUUGUGUUGGGGAGGAACGUGCAUACCUCGUGCCUGGCAGUAACGGAGCCAGAAGCUAACGAUGAGUUCACCGGUGACAAGGACGCAUACAUGGCUGGCGUCUUGGCUCGAUACCGCAAAACCCUCAUGGAUCGGACCAAGCACCAUUUAGGCUAUCCUUAUAAUCUGGACUUCGAUUAUGGUGCGCUAGCUCAGUUACAGCAUUUCUCGAUCAACAAUCUUGGAGAUCCAUUUAUUGAGAGCAACUAUGGUGUUCACUCAAGGCAGUUUGAAGUUGGUGUGUUGGAUUGGUUUGCCCGUUUGUGGGAAAUAGAGAAGAAUGAAUACUGGGGUUACAUUACAAAUUGUGGCACAGAAGGCAAUCUUCAUGGAAUUUUAGUUGGGAGGGAAGUGUUUCCAGAUGGAAUUUUGUAUGCAUCACGGGAGUCACACUACUCUAUCUUUAAAGCUGCACGAAUGUAUCGAAUGGAGUGUGUGAAAGUUGAUACUCUGGUCUCGGGUGAGAUUGAUUGCGGUGACUUCAAAGUUAAGUUGCUUGCUAACAAGGACAAACCAGCAAUAAUCAAUGUUAACAUAGGAACAACUGUCAAAGGAGCUGUAGAUGACCUUGAUCUUGUGAUACAAACCCUUGAAGAAAGUGGAUUUUCACAUGAUCGGUUCUACAUUCAUUGUGAUGGAGCUUUGUUUGGACUCAUGAUGCCUUUUGUCAAACGGGCACCAAAGGUUACCUUCAAGAAACCCAUUGGAAGUGUUAGUGUCUCUGGCCACAAGUUUGUGGGUUGUCCAAUGCCUUGUGGUGUUCAGAUCACAAGGAUGGAGCACAUUAAUGUGCUCUCAAGCAAUGUUGAAUACCUUGCAUCAAGGGAUGCUACAAUCAUGGGAAGUCGGAAUGGUCAUGCUCCUAUUUUUCUUUGGUAUACUCUCAACAGAAAAGGUUAUAAAGGGUUUCAAAAAGAAGUUCAGAAGUGCCUCAGAAAUGCUCACUACCUGAAGGACCGACUGCGUGGGGCUGGGAUCAGUGCUAUGCUUAAUGAACUCAGCAGUACAGUUGUGUUUGAGCGGCCCCGGGAUGAGGAGUUUGUUCGUAGGUGGCAACUUGCUUGUGAAGGGAAAAUAGCACAUGUGGUGGUGAUGCCAAAUGUGACCAUUGAGAAGCUGGAUGUCUUCUUGGAUGAAUUAGUUGAAAAGCGGUCAACCUGGUAUCAGGAAGAACAUGAUCAGCCUCCUUGUGUUGCAGCAGAUGUAGGGAAAGAGAAUUGUGCUUGUGCUCUGCACAAGUGACAAAAUGAUAAUUUAUCAUGAUCCAGAAUUAUUCCUCUGCUUUCUUGUAGUUUGACAUUUGAUUUUAGUGGAAUCUAGAUUUGAUUCACAAGUAUUUCCUUUUACCAUGAAGGCUUUCGCAUUCUCAUGCUUGUUCCUUGCAUGUAUCGAGUAAAUGUUGUGGUAAUUAGCAAUGCGUAACAAGUAGUGAGCAUCAUUCUCUUGUAUCAUUGACCUUGGGACCUUUCGGUUCACAGCCAUAUCUAUUUUUUAUUUCAAGGUUAUGUUGUUUAA